UAUAUGGCGUAUCUCUAGAACCCUGAUUCUUCUCUCUCCUAAACCCCUCUUUAAAUAUAACCCUCUUCUUUCUUCCAUGCACUGUCUUUCCUCUCUCUCUCUCUCUCUCUCUCUCUCUAAUCCCACACAAACAAGUAACUUCUCUAUAACUUGGUCGCUCAGGCCUCUCCCUAAUUCUCAGUAGAUAGUAGUGUCGCGUUUUGAUUAAUAUUUAAGAUGUCUAGCAGAAGAUCAAGGUCCAGACAAUCCAGCGGUUCCCGGAACAUCACCGACGAUCAGAUCAAUGACCUUGUUUCGAAGUUGCAACAGCUUCUUCCUGAGAUUCGCGAUAGGCGUUCUGAUAAGGUUUCAGCGGCGAAGGUGUUGCAGGAGACGUGUAAUUACAUCAGAAGCUUACACAGGGAAGUGGACGAUCUAAGUGAACGUUUAUCUGAGCUCUUAGCUACAACUGAUAGUGCACAAGCUGCCAUUAUUAGAAGCUUACUUAUGCAAUAAACCUCUUCUUCUUUCUUAAUCUAUUUUCUUAGUUUAUUUAAUUAAGUGCCUCUUAAUUCCACUUAAUUAUGAGGAGAGUACGUACCUGUUUUCUUCUCCUUAAUAAUUGAGUUCGUUUUUCUCCAGUUUUUGUGCACUAGUACUAGCUAGCUAGGGUUUGUGUACUAGAUAUAUAUGCAUCAUCAAUCGUAACUUCUUUUAUUCUAAACCCUUCUCUUCAGAUCUUGAAUAAAAGCUCUUCUUCCCGAU